GGGCGAGCUUUUUCCUCUUCCUCCGAUGUCACCCCUAGGCGGAGGCGUCAGUAGACGGGUAGAGGCAGUACCCCUCCCGGUCUGAACCACCGUCACUGUACGCUCAAGGGAAACGAUCGCCAUAGUAAACUUAAACCCGAAGAACAUUCGGCGUUUCGAUCCCUUCCGGAAAGGAUAUCUGCGUACGUUUAAUCGAGACAAGACGGUCGCGAGCGUGUUGUUUUCGUCGGAAAGACGACUCGUGUUUGUGUGUUGGUGGAGUGUGUUGAAAAGACGGCAUCCGGCCUCCGAGAAGCAGGCGAGUGCAGGGACUUGGGUCCGAACAACGUUUAUCGUCUCUGGCCCCCCUGCCUCACAGGCAUAUGGAGAAGAUGAAGAGGUUUAAGAGACGCCUGUCGCUCAGCCUGCGUGGUAGUCAGACGAUCGAUGAAUCGCUAUCUGAACUGGCCGAACAGAUGACAAUCGAGGAAAACAGCAGCAAAGACAGCGAGCCCAUCGUGAGGAAUGGACGCCCACCUUCCUCUCAUAGCAUGCACUCAUUUUUGCACCAGUACACGGGUUCCUUUAAGAAGCCACCUCUACGCCGGCCGCACAGCGUCAUCGGGGGCAGCCUAGGGUCGUUCAUGGCCAUGCCCCGAAACGGCAGCCGUCUUGAUAUUGUUCAUGAGAAUCUGAAGAUGGGUUCUGACGGAGAGAGCGAUCAAGCCUCAGGGACGUCCUCGGAUGAAGUCCAGUCGCCCAACGGCGUGUGUCUCCGCACUCGCUCACAUCGCCGCAUAUCUAUGGAGGACCUAAAUAAACGCUUGUCUUUGCCUGCUGAUAUCCGAAUUCCUGACGGUUACCUGGAAAAGCUGCAGCUGAGCAGCCCACCGUUCGACCAACCCCUAAGCCGACGGUCACGUAGAGCAUCUCUGUCUGAAAUCGGGUUUGGGAAACUGGAGACCUACAUCAAACUGGACAAACUGGGAGAGGGGACGUACGCCACUGUGUUCAAGGGGCGGAGCAAACUGACAGACAACUUGGUGGCUCUGAAAGAAAUCCGAUUGGAGCACGAGGAAGGCGCUCCAUGCACGGCUAUCAGAGAGGUCUCAUUACUGAAGGAUUUAAAGCACGCCAACAUCGUCACGCUUCACGACAUCGUCCACACGGACAAAUCCCUUACCCUCGUCUUUGAGUACCUGGAUAAAGAUCUGAAGCAGUACAUGGACGAUUGCGGGAACAUCAUGAGCAUGCACAACGUUAAGAUUUUCCUGUUCCAGAUCUUGCGAGGCCUGGCGUACUGCCACAGACGCAAGGUUUUGCAUAGAGACUUGAAACCACAGAACCUGCUCAUCAAUGAGAGGGGAGAACUCAAACUGGCUGAUUUUGGUCUGGCACGAGCCAAGUCUGUCCCUACAAAGACGUACUCUAAUGAGGUGGUAACCUUAUGGUACAGACCUCCCGAUGUACUCCUGGGGUCUUCAGAGUACUCAACCCAAAUCGAUAUGUGGGGUGUUGGAUGUAUAUUUUAUGAAAUGGCUGCAGGUCGGCCGCUGUUCCCAGGAUCUACGGUUGAAGACGAGCUGCAUCUUAUCUUCAGAUUACUGGGUACACCAACAGAGGAUAACUGGCCCGGCAUCUCAUCCAUCGAAGAAUUCAAAUCCUACAACUUUCCCAAAUACAAGCCUCAACCCUUCAUUAAUCACGCACCCAGGUUGGAUACUGAAGGAAUAGAGUUGUUGCUGUCCUUUCUAAGGUAUGAGUCCAAGAAGAGAAUCUCUGCGGAUGAAUCAAUGAAACACUCCUACUUUAAGAGUCUGGGCAUGCGUGUGCACACAUUGCAAGAGAAUAUAUCCAUAUUUACACUGAAGGAGGUGCAGCUUCAGAGGGACCCCGGUUACAGGAACUCCUCGUACCCAGAGACAGGCAACAGCAAAAACAGAAGACAGAGCAUGCUGUUUUAAACUGCGUUCCCUCACACCCUUUCCCCCUUAUGAACACACCUCACUCAAGCACACACAUAUACACACACUUGACGGAUUAGGCUGAUGGCUCUUAUUCUGUGACUGUGUUGUACAGACUAACUGACUAGCCUCCCUCGCUGUCUGACAGAGGGUGUUUGGUGUUCGCAUGCAUGCGUGCGUGGUGAAAGGAGAUCGGUCGAACCCACUGUCUGUCUCCCCCGGUGUCCCACCUCCAGCAUGCAGCCUUGAGCCAGAACGCCCCUCAACCCUCUUCUGUCGGGUGACGGUCAGGGUGUGCGAAUGUGUGCGAGCGUGUAUAUAUUUAUUGACGGGGGAGUUGAUUUGCUGCUAAUUGACUACUGUCUCUACGUAACUUCCUCACUCUUGGGCGACCCCGAAUCUGGUUGCCACGGACACGUCAAUCUGAUGUCGAUACGGUUUUUAUUUUUAAAGAGAUGAUUAUAAUUCCUUGAAAUGUUGAUAUCGCAGCUGUCUGUCUGUCUGUUUGUCGGUGUGUUCAUUUUACAGAGAUGAAAUGACUAGACGAGUGUGUUUUCAAUUUGUUUUUGUUUUCCCUGGCACGGUGAGGAGCGAGUGACAAGAGACUCAACACUCGUACGCAAAACACGCCGCUCCUGAAUAUUCAUUCCAGAUAUCUUUUAAAAAUGAAAACCAGUCUUCCUCCGUUGCCUCGCUCCAAUGUGGGAGGUUUCUUCAAAUGUGGGCAUGCUCAUCCAGCGAUCCAUCCAAAGCUCCGGAGACUACUGUUAGCAUGAUAAGUACUGAAUUUGGGAUCUCCACAACUCAUCCAGUCGGUGCGAUGGAGCAAGCAACAAGAAGAGGGAUGACAUGAAACACUGGACCAGCGGGAACCACGUGACCUCACCGAUCCGCCAGAAAACCGGACCACCUCCCUCUUUUUGUUUUUGAAUCUUAAAGUGAUAACUUUCUGUGUGAAGUGAAGUUCUCGUAUGCCAGAUCUUUGUUUUUUUUUUAGGCAUCAUCACAACCCAUUACACAAAUGACUUUUAAUGUCCUAUUAAUGGAGCUCCUCUGUAGCUUUUGAGCGUAUGUGUAUGUAAUGCUUGUAUAAGAGAGAGAGAGAGUGUAUGUGUGUGAAUAUAUGGAGAUCAUUAACUGUACAGAGCCACAUUGCUUCGUGCUAGUGCUGGCUGUGAAGAUGAGCUAGUUUCAUUAACAGUAUUAAGAGAAUUUUCUAUUGUUACAUAUUGACCCUUCUGUGAAUAAUGGUCUCUAUAUGUGGCAUGUUGGAGUCUGACUGUCCCACAUUUGUGCUUGAUUUUAUCCAGAAGAGAAAAUGCAUUGUGUGGAUUGAAAAAACGGAAAAGCAACAAAAAAUGAACAUUUUUGGACCAAUGUUUCUUUUUGCCAGCAUUUGUAAACAUGAAGAACGCAGAAGAUGAACAGGUUUUAGAUUCAGACUGUUGUUUUUUGCUUUAUGAACUGACAGAUGUUUAUUAAUAUUGUAAUAUUAGAGUUGAUUGUUUCUGGAGAUACAUGCGCGAGUGUGUGUGCGCGUGCGUGUACGUGACGCAUGGAUUGCGUGGUGUCUGUAAGCUCCGCCUCCGUGAAACACUGACGCUCUCGAUCACGGCUGUCAGCUGAAUUGACCGUUUAACUCUUUGUACUGCAGAUAUUUAUUUCUCUUAUUCAGUGAAGUAAACAUGGUCUGUUUCAUACAGAGAAUAUA